AUACAACAUAUUCUUUUAUUGUCGAUAUAUAAAUCAGUGUUUAAUUAAAUAGACCACCAAAGUUUUACAAAGCAAAAUAUUGACAAUAAAUCAAUUAAUUGAAAUUACAUUCAUGACAAAAUGAUCGAUACGAACAACAAUAUCAGCAACAGUAUUAAUGGUGUUGCACAUACAACGAACAUUAGUAUAAGUAAUGAUGUCGAAAACAAUAAUGGCCGACAUUCAGAAUCACCAGCACGUACAAUCGAUUCACAUGAUUCGACAACCGGAAGUAUGGAUACUAUUGUCGAUCGCACUGCUCACCAUCAUCAUCAACAAUCGCAUUAUCAACAUCAGCAUCAUAGUCAAGAGGAAAUGAUGCAUACCGCAAUUGAACAGAGUACGAAUACCACAAAUUUACAACAACAUCACAAUAGUUUAACCAAUUCUGAAAUUGCAAUGUUGCAACAACAAAAUUCCAGCGGAAGUGAUGAUGAAUUACAACAGCAACAGCAACAGCAACAGCAGCAUCAGCAUCAGACGAGACAACAACAACAGCAACAACAACAACUAGAACAGCAAACAAAUCAGGCAAUGCAACAGCAAGAGAAUCGUAAUCAACAAAAACCUUUAGAUGCCCAGAGUCACAUUUACUCGAGCCCAGUGUAUGAUGAGAAACCGCAAUUGCCUUUAAAGUUAACGGCAGCCACAUUGGUAGUUAUGUCGAAACCAAUAGAUGACGACUUAAAAAAACCGAAAUUAAUAUCGCACGAAGAAUUCAAAAAACAAUUGGAAGAGACAAUGGCUUCGAGGGCGGCUACUUUAGACUCUAGAAUAAGUAAAAAGCAAAGAUUUCCACCCGAGCUGAUUAAGGAUGAUGGUAGUUCAAUAAAAUCUUCUAAAUCGUUGAAAAAGAAAUCAUAUACGCCGCAAAGUAGCACAGCCUGCUGCUCAGCAUUUCCAGUGCAAAUAAUUUUAGGCCUAUUGCAAUUGGUUUUGGCGAUUUCUUUGGUAGCCUUGGGCUCGCUAUUAAUUGUCCGCGAGGCAUCUCUAUCUACAGCUGGCUGUGGAAUAUGGACAGGCCUUAUAGCAGCCGUGACAGGCUCUCUGGGUGUAGUCGGCCUAAGAAAAACGCAAACAUCUUUCUUAGCUUUGAGUUUGGUAUGCAUAGCCUCAAGUACGUUGGCCUUAGCCAUAUCGGGUAUCGGUCUAUGCCGCGAUAUAAAUCGUUCAAAGGAAAGGGUUGAUCUUUUAAAUGCCAACAGCGAAAUAUCAGCUGCAUCCGGUUUAAUCUUCGCCUUGUUUUUGCAUUUCGUUGUCAGCGUAAUUUCAGUUUAUCGAUGCGCUUUACAGAUAUGUUCACGGUCAAAAAAUGCCGAACUGCAUGACAUUAUUAUAAAAGCAAAUACUAAUAAUUUGGUAUUAAAUUCUGAUAAGGGAACUCAAGAGAAAUUAACUACCUUGUGGAUGUACGGCAAUAAUAUGGUUACACCAGUGCCAAAAUUAGCCCCCGCAACCAGACCAGUUAUGUUAAUACCAGCGCCAGCUAAUUUACCAACGCAUCGGGGUGUGAUGAUGUCGACGCAACAGGCGCUUCCUCCGUUGCUUUCACCAUCCCAUACCCAUGCCCUAACUGCUUAUCGUGGUUACACUUUACCCUAUAUGAGGGCUAGUUCUAUGCCAAUUAUUUAUGCUCCACCACCCACACCUGGUAGUAUGCCAGGUACGUUUCGCACUGCUAAAAGUUCAAAGUCGACAGAAGCUCGGCGCAAACGCCGUGUUGCUCAAUUGUUGCGUUCUGGCAAAACCGAUGAAAAACGCAAGCAACGACGCAAAUCAGAUGCUGAUGUUAUUGAUGGCAAUCCGUCAUUUCAAUAUACGGGAUUGGACCGAGCUAUAGCAGAUAAUUUUUUGGCUCGGCAAGAACGUUCCCAACCUGCUAAUCGAAUGGAUUAUACAUCUUCAUCCGGCGGUAGUGAAACUUAUGGUCGCACCGAUCCUACAAGAUCUUCAUCAAAAACCAAAAUUGUUUGUCGUGAUGUUGUCAUGUAGACAAGGGAUUGUAUGGAAUAUAACGACUGUAUAUAUAUAUAUAUACUUAAUGCGAUUGUAUAUGCAAGCAUAUGUACU